AUGGCACACGGCUGCUUUUACCGACCGGCCGCAAACCUGUCAGCGCUCAAGUACCUGCCUCAGAUUGGCCUUGAUGCGCAUGCAACUGUUCUCGCUAGAAAUUCACGAACUGUAAUCACGCAGACCUUUGUGAACCCUUCUUCUACAGAAGCGAUCUCCGAAGUCUUCUACUCGUUCCCCUUGUAUGAAAGCUCCAGUAUCGUCGGCUUCACUUGUCGCGUGGCCGAUACUGUGAUUGAAGGAAUAGUCAAGCCAAAAGCGAAAGCAAAUCAGAUUUAUCAAGAAGCCAAGUCUAAGGGGCAAACUGCUGCUAUUCUCGAUCAGUCACUUAGUGCCGCCGAUGUCUUCAGCACGCGCCUAGGAAAUGUCCCAGCGGGGGGUACCGUUCUCGUCGAGAUCACUCUCAUCCAAGAACUGGCCCAGGAUGCCAAAACAGACGGCGUUAGAUACAUGAUCCCCGUCACUGUUGGACCUCGAUAUGGAAAUGGAGUCGAUCUUCCCCAUCCGCCCGAAGGAUUUCUUGUAAAAAUAUCAAUCAAGGUGGACGUUGUCAUGGAAAAGGGAUCUCAUAUCCGCAAUGUUCGGUCACCAAGCCAUCCAAUCGAGGUGGACUUGGGCCGGACAGCCGAUAUGCCGCAGUCAUUUUUUGAGCCCAACUAUGCCUCGAUCAAAAUUGGUGAAUUUAUAAGGAUCCAGGAGGAUUUCGUGAUCACCGUCAAUGCAGACAAACACGAUCUCCCAUUUGCUCUCCUGGAGACACACCCUACAUUGCCAAAUCAGAAAGCACUAAUGGUCUCCCUGGUACCAAAGUUCAGUGUGCCGCCGGACUCAUCCGAAAUCGUGUUCGUCAUUGACCGCAGUGGCAGCAUGGGGGACAAGAUGCGUACGCUACGCUCCGCCCUUGCGCUGUUUCUCAAGUCGCUGCCGCUGGGUGUGCCUUUCAACUUGAUCUCGUUUGGCUCCUCGACUGAAGCUCUCUGGGCUCGAAGCAAAGUGAGUACCAGAGAGAGCCUAGAAGAGGCUCUUCAGUAUACAAAGAAGAUGCAGGCCAAUCUCGGUGGAACUGAAAUCCUGUCUGGCCUCAACGCAGCUGUGGAAAAUCGCUACCAAGACAAGGUGCUUGAGGUAUUGGUUCUCACUGACGGUGAGGUCUGGAACCAGUCCGAGGUCUUCGACCUGGUCAAUCGGGCUAACCAGCAGCAUUCUGCUCGGUUCUUCACUCUCGGCAUCGGGAGUUUCGUUUCCCACUCUCUUAUCAAUGGUAUCUCGAGAGCAGGCAAGGGCUUUACUCAGACAGUCCUGAACAAUGAGGAUCUCAAUAAAACAGUAGUUCGAAUGCUGAAGGGUGCUUUGAUGCCUCGACUGCACAACAGCAGAUUGGAUGUGGACAUUCCCAAGACUGAGGAUGAAGAAAGCUUUGUGAAAGUUGAUCUUCCUGGUGAUGAUACGACAGAUACAGAGCCCCCACCGAAGAAAAUCUCCCUAUUCGAUCAAGAUUAUCAAGAAGGAGAAGGAAUUGGUGAUGUGCGUGAGCCACUGCCAAAAAUUACUAUUCCUAGCAUGUUGCAAGCACCACAUGACCUUCCAGCUCUGUUCCCAUUCAUACGCUCUAAUAUCUACUUGCUUCUCUCACAAUCCAUAGACUCGUUCCCGGAGACGAUCACUCUUCGUGCCAACAGCAAACAUGGUCUCCUGGAGCUGGAAAUCCCCGUUCAAGACAUCGGCAAGGGCCAAACUGUCCAUCAGCUCGCGGCCAAAAAGACGAUCACCGAGCUUGAGGAGUCCCGCGGCUGGAUAUACUCGGCAAAGGAUGCCGAAGGCGAGUUGAUCAAAACAAAAUGGGAGAGUCGAAUUGAUGAACUGGCUCAGACAGAAUGCGAGCGUCUGGGGGUGAGAUUCCAAGUCGCAGGAAAUCACUGCUCAUUUGUCGCGGUGAACGAUGAGGCCCUGGUUGAGUAUGACAGUAUGGUGGACGAAGAGGGCCUGGUUGAGUAUGACAGUAUCUCAAUGGAUGCCAAACGCCCGGCCGCAUCCUUAGACCUCAGCGCCCCAGGGGCCACGGCAUUCAACCUGGACUUCAGCGCAGCAAACAGCACAGACGUCCUAGAAGACUUUGACUUCGACACGUUCAUGAACACCGAUAACGACGCCUCUGAAUUCCAGCCGAAGUGCAAAAAGGUCCGAAUGAACCAGACGCCGUAUGUACCUGACGCGCAGGCAUCAUUUUCCCCAAUGGCUCAAUGCUACAGCGCUGCAUCACCGGGAUACACCCCUACAUCUCCUAUUGGUAUAUCUGCAGGGUACUCACCUGUGUCACCGAUUGUUCAGGAUGAAGACGAGGAAGACGACAUCGACGACAGGUUCGAAGACGCAGACGCUUCGUCAACCCUUCCGCUAAAUAAGCUCAUCCUGCUCCAGACUUUCGAAGGAUACUGGGAGAUGAGCGAUGCACUGUUGCAGAUCAUGAGCCUUGACCCAAGAACUGUCUACGGCAACAUACAAACCAACUAUGACCUCCUGGCAGGAAGUGAAGCGAGCAAAGCAUCUGCGGUUGAUGAAUGGUCGCGUUUGAUUGCUACAUCUCUGGUUUGCCGGUUUUUGGAGACAAAUGAAGCUGAGUCUCAGGAUGUGUGGGAGUUGGUCAAAGUCAAGGCUGAUGGCUGGGUACAAGCCGAGAUCAAGGCAAUGACCACUCCUUCUCGAGAACUCGUCACUAAGCUCAUCGAGCGGGUUGGCUCUCUGUUCUGA